CGAGUUGUACUUCCAGAAAUAAGUAUCUUCCUUCAAUAGAUGAUAAUGAAAAUACAAAAGAAAGAGAAGCAGUUGUCAAGUUUAAAAGUUCUGAAUCACUCUCCAAUGUCUGAUGCCUCUGUCAAUUUUGACUACAAAUGCCCCUCCCCGUUUGACCGCAGCACUGAUCAGGAAGAGAAGAUCGAAGAUGUCGCCAGUCACUGUCUGCCUCAGAAGGACCUGUAUGCUGCUGAAGAGGAAGCUGAGACCCUUUUUCCUAGGAAAAUGACGUCCCAUAAUGGGAUGGAGGACAGUGGAGGAGGAGGCACCGGAGUAAAGAAGAAAAGGAAGAAAAAGGAUGCGGGAGAGCAAGAGGGGGCAGCAAAGGGAAGCAAGGACAGGGAGCCCAAGCCAAAGAGGAAGCGAGAGCCUAGAGAGCCAAAGGAACCCCGGAAGGCCAAGGAGCCCAAGAGGGCCAAGGAGCCCAAGGAGCCCAAGCAGAAGGAUGGAGCCAAGAAAGCACGGAAGCCCCGGGAGGCCUCGGGUACCAAGGAGGCCAAAGAGAAGAGGAGCGCUGCUGACUCUGCAGCCAGGACGAAGUCCAAGAAGGCCAGCAAGGAGCAAGGACCAACCCCAGUGGAGAGAAAGAAGAAAGGAAAGAGGAAAAGUGAAACCACAGUGGAGAGUUUAGAGCUGGAUCAGGGCCUGCCGAACCCAUCCCUGCGGAGUCCUGAGGAGUCCACUGAGUCUACAGACAGCCAGAAACGACGCUCGGGACGGCAGGUGAAGCGCAGAAAAUACAACGAGGACCUGGACUUCAAGGUGGUGGACGAUGACGGGGAGACCAUCGCCGUCCUCGGGGCUGGCCGGACGUCCGCCCUCUCGGCUUCUACACUGGCCUGGCAGGCGGAGGAGCCUCCAGAAGAUGACGCAAACAUCAUUGAGAAGAUCCUGGCAUCUAAGACCGUCCAGGAGGUUCACCCAGGAGAGCCCCCGUUCGACUUGGAGCUAUUCUACGUUAAGUACAGAAAUUUUUCCUACUUGCAUUGUAAAUGGGCCACAAUGGAAGAGCUGGAAAAGGAUCCUCGCAUCGCACAGAAGAUCAAGCGAUUCAGGAACAAACAAGCCCAGAUGAAGCACAUUUUUACUGAGCCUGAUGAAGACUUGUUCAACCCAGACUAUGUAGAAGUUGACCGCGUCCUGGAGGUGGCCCACACCAAAGAUGCAGAAACAGGAGAGGAGGUCACGCAUUACCUGGUCAAGUGGUGCUCGCUGCCUUAUGAAGAAAGUACAUGGGAACUAGAGGAAGACGUGGAUCCUGCAAAAGUUAAAGAAUUUGAGUCUCUUCAAGUUCUCCCUGAAAUUAAGCAUGUGGAGCGGCCUGCUUCGGACUCCUGGCAGAAACUGGAGAAGUCUCGGGAGUAUAAGAACAGUAACCAGCUCCGAGAGUACCAGCUGGAGGGGAUGAACUGGCUUCUUUUUAACUGGUAUAACAGAAAAAAUUGUAUUUUGGCUGAUGAGAUGGGCUUAGGGAAGACCAUCCAGUCCAUCACAUUCCUCUCAGAGAUAUUCCUCCGCGGGAUCCACGGCCCUUUCCUGAUCAUCGCCCCUCUCUCCACCAUCACGAACUGGGAGCGGGAGUUCCGGACGUGGACAGAGAUGAAUGCCAUUGUGUACCAUGGCAGCCAGAUCAGCAGACAGAUGAUCCAGCAGUAUGAGAUGGUGUACAGAGACGCACAGGGAAACCCCCUUUCAGGAGUCUUCAAGUUCCACGUUGUCAUCACAACAUUUGAGAUGAUCCUGGCAGACUGCCCAGAGCUGAAAAAGAUUCACUGGAGCUGUGUGAUAAUUGACGAAGCCCACAGACUGAAGAACAGGAACUGCAAACUUCUGGAGGGUCUAAAGCUCAUGGCCCUGGAACACAAAGUACUGCUCACUGGGACACCGUUGCAGAACUCUGUGGAGGAGCUCUUCAGCUUGCUGAACUUUCUGGAGCCGUCCCAGUUUCCUUCAGAGACUGCUUUCUUGGAGGAAUUUGGAGAUCUGAAAACUGAGGAACAGGUGAAGAAACUGCAGUCUAUCCUAAAACCAAUGAUGCUUCGGCGGCUGAAAGAUGAUGUGGAAAAGAACCUUGCUCCCAAACAGGAGACGAUCAUUGAAGUAGAGCUGACCAAUAUCCAGAAGAAGUACUACCGUGCCAUCCUGGAGAAGAACUUCUCCUUCCUGACCAAGGGGGCAAAUCAGCACAACAUGCCCAAUCUCAUCAACACCAUGAUGGAGCUGAGAAAGUGCUGUAACCACCCCUACCUGAUCAAUGGGGCAGAGGAGAAAAUUCUGGAAGAUUUCCGAAAAACCCACAGCCCUGAUGCCCCUGACUUUCAGCUGCAGGCCAUGAUUCAAGCCGCAGGGAAGCUGGUGCUGAUUGAUAAGCUGCUCCCCAAGCUGAUUGCCGGUGGUCACAAAGUCCUCAUCUUCUCGCAGAUGGUGCGCUGCCUUGAUAUCCUGGAAGAUUAUCUCAUCCAGAGACGAUACACCUAUGAGCGAAUUGAUGGGCGAGUACGGGGAAACCUGCGCCAGGCAGCCAUCGACCGGUUCUGUAAGCCAGACUCAGACCGCUUUGUCUUUCUUCUGUGCACCAGAGCGGGAGGCCUGGGGAUCAAUCUCACGGCUGCUGAUACCUGCAUCAUAUUUGAUUCAGACUGGAACCCACAAAAUGACUUGCAGGCUCAGGCCCGAUGUCACCGGAUAGGCCAGAGCAAAGCCGUGAAGGUGUAUCGCCUCAUUACUCGGAACUCCUAUGAGCGGGAAAUGUUUGACAAAGCCAGCCUAAAGCUGGGGCUGGACAAGGCUGUUCUUCAGGACAUAAACCGAAAGGGCAGCACCAAUGGGGUACAACAGCUUUCCAAAAUGGAAGUAGAGGACCUGCUCCGGAAAGGAGCUUAUGGAGCCCUGAUGGAUGAGGAAGAUGAAGGCUCCAAGUUCUGUGAAGAAGACAUAGACCAGAUUCUGCAGAGGAGAACCCACACCAUCACCAUCCAGUCUGAAGGGAAAGGAUCUACUUUUGCCAAGGCUAGCUUUGUGGCUUCAGGAAACAGGACUGAUAUUUCCUUAGAUGACCCAAACUUUUGGCAGAAAUGGGCUAAAAUAGCUGAAUUGGACACUGAAGCAAAGAAUGAAAAGGAGAGCUUAGUGAUCGACCGGCCUCGAGUGAGAAAGCAGACCAAACACUACAACUCCUUUGAGGAGGAUGAGCUCAUGGAGUUCUCGGAGCUAGACAGCGACUCAGACGAAAGACCCACGAGGUCCAGACGCCUCAAUGACAAAACCAGGCGCUACCUCCGAGCCGAGUGUUUCCGGGUCGAGAAGAACCUGCUCAUCUUUGGCUGGGGCCGGUGGAAGGACAUCCUGACCCACGGGCGGUUCAAGUGGCAUCUGAAUGAGAAGGACAUGGAGAUGAUUUGCCGGGCCCUGCUGGUGUACUGUGUCAAGCAUUACAAGGGGGACGAGAAGAUCAAGAGUUUCAUUUGGGAACUGAUCACACCUACCAAAGACGGGCAGGCCCAGACCCUCCAGAACCACUCAGGGUUGUCUGCUCCAGUCCCCAGAGGGAGGAAGGGGAAGAAGACAAAGAACCAGCUGCUGCUCCCAGAGUUGAAGAAUGCAGACUGGCUGGCCACCUGCAACCCCGAGGUGGUCCUGCAUGAUGACGGCUAUAAGAAGCACCUCAAGCAGCACUGCAACAAGGUCCUUUUGCGAGUCCGGAUGCUUUACUACCUAAAAGCUGAAAUCCUGGGAGAGGCAGCUGAUAAAGCAUUUGAAGGCACCCCCGCCAGGGAGCUAGAAGUACCCCUGCCCGACAUCGACUACGUGGAGAUCCCAGUGGAUUGGUGGGAUGCUGAGGCUGAUAAGUCCCUUCUGAUAGGCGUGUUCAAACACGGGUACGAGAGGUACAGCGCCAUGCGCGCGGACCCAGCACUGUGCUUCCUGGAGAAAGUCGGCAUGCCGGAUGAGAAGUCCCUUUGCGCAGAACAGGGUGCUGCAGAGGGGACCCCAGACAUUCCCGAACGAGGCAACACAGAUAAAGAGGACAACCCUGAGGACAAGUUAGAUGGCCUACAGAAACAAACGGAGAGUUCCAGCGAUGGAGGGGAUGGCGUUUUUGGCGAAAAGAAGGAUGACAGCCGGGCAGUACUAAUAUCCUCACUGAUGUUUGAAGCCCAGGAUGGCUCCGACCCAGACAAAUCCCCCUGGCCAGUUCCGUCUGCUCUCACGGCGCGCCUCAGACGUCUGGUCACCGUGUACCAGCGCUGUAACCGCAAGGAACUCUGCCGCCCGGAAAUUCUGGGACCAGGCAACCAAGGAUACUGGGUCCAGGAAGAGAUGUUCAGGAGAACCUCAGAAGUGGAUCUCAUCAACAAGGAAGCUCAGAAAAGGUGGACUAGGAGAGAGCAAGCAGACUUCUACAGAGCAGUGUCCUCCUUUGGGGUUGUUUACGAUCAAGAAAAGAAAACUUUUGACUGGACGCAGUUCCGCAUCAUUUCCCGUUUGGACAAGAAGUCGGAUGAGAGUCUGGAGCACUAUUUUUACAGCUUUGUGGCCAUGUGCCGGAAUGUCUGUCGUCUGCCCACAUGGAAGGAUGGUGGUCCCCCAGAUCCCAGCAUCUAUGUGGAACCCAUCACGGAGGAGCGGGCCGCGAGAACCCUGUACCGCAUCGAGCUGCUGCGGAAGGUCCGCGAGCAAGUGCUGAGGUGCCCUCAGCUGCACGAGCGCCUCCAGCUCUGCCGGCCCAGCCUCUACCUCCCCGUCUGGUGGGAGUGUGGGAAGCACGACCGGGACCUGCUCGUCGGCACCGCCAAGCAUGGGCUGAACCGCACUGACUAUUACAUCAUGACUGACCCCCAGCUGUCCUUCCUGGAUGCCUACAGAAACUAUGCCCAGCAUAAGAGAACGGACGUGCCGGCACCAGAAAGCCUCUGUUGCCUUUACCAGACCAACUCCAGAUUAUACGAAUCUCUUACGUACACUCAGAUGAGCAGGACUUCAGAGCCCCUUGAAAAUGAACCUGAGAAUCUAGUGAAAAUAGAAAGUAGAGAUGAUCAUCUCACUCCACCUGGGGGCAGCUUGUCUGACAUGACUUGUGAAAACUUUAUUUCCAAAGUUCAGGAUGUCAUUUCCAUCACCCAUGAUGAAAGUCUGCUGCCUGAGUCCUUGGAGAGCAUGAUGUAUGGUAAGAAGGCUCUCAGUCGAGAGCCAGGCUGUCUUCAGGAGAGCUCCAGCACCGAUACGGAGCCCAGAAAGGAUGCUGUGGCCCUCGCGGCAAUCAAAGAUGGGAACUGCCGGCCGGGUGGCCAUGAGGCAGAGAUACCUUCAGAGCCCUCUUUGAUGGGAAGCUUAGAAGCCGGGGUAGCUCAGAUGAGCAUCAAAAAUGGAAACCAUCUGUUGCUGUCUCUUUCAAGGGAAGGAGACGUCUGCAGUGAGGCAGGGCAGAGACCUGAAAGCAUCAGGCAGCUAGAAGCCAAACACUUAGCUUCCCCUUCCUUGGAUCGGAGAAAUGAAAGUGGGUUUUUAGAUAUGUGCCAUCUUAGUGUCUGUGACUCCAGAAGAAGCCUGUCAUCAGACCAGCAGUUAAUUGACUUACUAGAAAACAAAAGUUUAGAAAGUAAAUUGGUUUUGAGUCAGAACCACAGCGAAGAGGAGGAGGAAGAGGAAGAGAAUGAGGAGGAAAAUGUAGGUGUGGCCUCAGGCCUGAGGGAAAGGCACGAGGUUUUGCAUCGAGCCGACCCCACGGCUGAUAACCUAAGGGACAAGAGCCGAGGCCUCCCUGUCGAUGACACAAUGCGAGGAUGCGUGGAGGCCAUGAGCCAGAAUCCUACGCCUCAGGGAGCUUUUCCUCCCACGGCCUGUCAGUGUCACUGCAAGCACACGGAGAGGUGGGCGCGUGGCCUCGAGAACGAGGAGUUUGAAGGGGACAGCUCCAAGGGUUACACCCCGGACCUGUAUCGAAGCAAAACCAGUAGUAUCACAGUGGAGGGUGAGCCCACCCCUCCUCCGCCAGAGCCCUUUCAGGGAAAGCACGAGCCCUCGAAAGACCCUUGGAAGGAAGGUGCAGAAGGCAAAAAAGGUUUCCCUGCGUUUCCAGAAGCAAGUGAGCUCAAGUCCGAAGACCUAGAUUUCGAGAGUAAAGAUGAUUACGACAGAGAUGGGAACGGCCACGUUCAAGAGUACCCAGGGAAAUACUCUGAAGAGGAGAGCAAGAGCUCGACCUCGGGCAUCGCCGGAGACGUCGGGGACGACCUGCAGGAGGCCCGGGCUCCCACCAUCGCCCAGCUGCUCCAGGAGAAGACUCUCUUUUCCUUCUCUGAGUGGCCAAAGGAUCGCGUGAUAAUCAACCGGCUGGAUAAUAUCUGCCACGUGGUGUUAAAGGGGAAGUGGCCUUCCAGCCAGCAGUACGAGCCUCCGGGCACACUGCCCACCCCUGUGUUAACCAGCAGUGCUGGUUCUCGAAGCAGCGUCUCGGAGCCAGAAGCCUCAGAGCACAGCUUCAGCAGCGGUGCGGCGUUGGUGGCCCAGAUCCAGAAGGAGGGCUUCCUGGCUCCAGGAUUCACAAAGGACGACCAAAAGCACAGACGGCCCUAUGAGUUUGAGGUGGAGAGGGACGCGAAGGCGCGGAGCCUGGACCAGUUCUCCGCCACCCACGGGCAUCCCCCCGUCGUCCUCAAUGGCUGGCACGGGGAGUCCGCAAUAGACCUCUCCUGCUCUUCCGAGGGGUCCCCAGGAGCCACGUCUCCUUUCCCAGUGGGCGCCAGCACCCCUAAGAUUGGGGCUAUUGGUUCACUUCAAGGAGCCCUCGGCAUGGACUUGUCUGGGAUUCUGCAAGCUGGCCUGAUCCAUCCAGUGACGGGACAGAUUGUCAACGGAAGCCUCAGAAGAGACGAUGCUGCCACGAGAAGGAGGAGGGGGAGACGGAAACAUGUUGAAGGCGGGAUGGACCUCAUCUUUUUGAAGGAGCAGACACUUCAGGCAGGAAUCUUGGAAGUCCAUGAAGACCCAGGGCAGGCCCCCCUGAGCACCUCACACCCUGAAGGGCCGGUGCCUGCUGCUUCGGCCCCUGAGCCAGCCCCGGCAGCUGGCAGCCAGGCCGAGAAAGCCAUUCCCAGCAAGAGUCUGCUUGACUGGCUGAGGCAGCAGGCCGACUACUCCUUGGAGGUUCCUGGCUUUGGAGCAAAUUUUUCAGACAAACCAAAGCAGAGGAGGCCACGCUGUAAGGAACCUGGAAAAUUAGACGUCAACUCCCUGAGUGGGGAAGAGAGGGUUCCCGCUGUCCCCAAGGAGCCAGGACUAAGGGGGUUUCUCCCAGAAAACAAGUUCAAUCACACCCUGGCCGAGCCUGUUCUUCGAGACACGGGCCCCCGCAGAAGGGGCAGGCGGCCUCGGAGUGAGCUCCUGAAGGCCCCUGCCAUCGUGGCGGACUCUGCCUCAGGGAUGGGGCCACUGUUCAUGAACGGACUGAUCGCUGGGAUGGACCUGGUAGGACUCCAGAACAUGAGAAAUCUGCCAGGCAUCCCCCUCACGGGCCUGGUGGGGUUCCCGGCCGGCUUCGCCACGAUGCCCACGGGCGAAGAGGUCAAAAGUACCUUGAGCAUGCUGCCCAUGAUGCUGCCAGGAAUGGCCGCAGUGCCCCAGAUGUUCGGGGUCGGGGGACUCCUCAACGCGCCCAUGGCCGCCACCUGCACCAGCACCGCCCCAGCGCCUCUGUCAAGCACAACAAAAAGUGGCACAGCGGCAACCGAAAAGACUGUAGAAGACAAGCCAAGUAGCCAUGAUGUAAAAACAGACACAUUAGCUGAAGACAAGCCCGGUCCCGGUCCGUUCACUGAUCAGUCCGAACCUGCAAUAACUACCAGUAGUCCUGUGGCUUUUAACCCCUUUCUCAUCCCAGGCGUGUCUCCUGGACUCAUUUACCCAUCCAUGUUUCUGUCCCCGGGCAUGGGCAUGACUCUGCCGGCCAUGCAGCAGGCCAGACACUCUGAAGUCGUGGGUCUGGAGAGCCAGAAGCGCAAGAAGAAGAAGACAAAGGGGGACAGCCUGAAUCCCAACCCAGAGCCCGCGCCCGGGUCCGAAAAGGAGCCAGGCGGCGACCAGAACUGCCCCGAACCCAGGGCGCCCGUGCCCCCAGAGAGAGGACACGCGGCACAGGCCAGGGAAGGGGGCCUCAAAGACUCCAACAGUGACACCAAUUAGAACUGUUUCAUUUAAGAAAUGAUUGUGACUUGUAAGUUUCUUAUCCCAUAAAGGUUUGUUACUCCCCUCACUCCACCUUCAUAAGAACCUGUGUUUCCAUAAGUAAUCUGACCUACCUAAUUUUCUGAGAACUGUGGUCACAGAUGUCAGUAGUCACAGGGUCUUGCCACUUCAUUAGCUGAGUGUCGUCGACCUAGUGUAGGAGGCACAGAAUUCUCAUUCUGUUACCCAGUUGUUCAUUCCAGCAACCGUAGCUAAUACAGUACGUGGUGACACGCCCCCCCUUCCCUUCCGAGUUCCCACUUACCGGAGGAGGGACCGUGGCAAAAGAAAACUGUCUAGGGAUUUGCCAUCGAAGGGCCAAAGAACAGAGACAGAGGAGCUCCUUUUUCCGUGAGCUGUGUUGAAUGGGAAGAAUCUAAAGGGGAAACCAAAAAGCACAGAAAAAGGAAGUGCUGGUGCAUAUUUUUUAGUUAAGAUAUUUCCCUAUUUUAUCAUGAGGACUAAAUAGUGUAGGCAGAAGUAUAUAACUAAUGGUUUAAAAUGCAUAUAUUCAUUUCUUUAGAAGGCAAAAACCUUACUGGGAGGAACAGGACAUCUCCCUUCAUGGUUUUUCAGACUCCUGCACCAAGAAGAAAUACCGACAAGGCAUUAUUUUAUACACGUGUGUGCCGUCUCCCCCACGGUGGAAGACCGUUCUGGGUAUGGCAAGGCGUUACACACCCGGGUCGCUGCGGGCGAUGGGGCGGGUGAGGGGCUCGCCCUCCGUGGGGCCGCACGCUGCUCACCUCGUGCUCCAGAAUGGCUCCGGCCACCGCCCGGCACUGGCAGGUUUUUACUUUGUGCCCCCCUUCACCAAGAACAGGGCUCUCUCUGGAGCCUUCAAGAAUAUAGUCACUCAACACUUUUACACUUGGCUAGGUCCCUUCGUCAAAUUAUUUGAGGUUGUCCGGACUGGUGUGUGCCGCCUUUAUGAAACGACUGUGAAAGUUUGUUUCUUCUCUUCCCUUUUUUUUUUUUUUUGGUCUCUAUUGGGUUUCCAUUACACAGUUGAACCCAGAUUCCAGAUCAGGUUAGUUGAGACCGUUGCAAAUUAACAUCAUUUCCCCUUCUCACUCGGGAAGCACCUGCCUGAGCGGUGCUUACCCCGCUGACGUUCCACUCCCACUCGUGUCCCACACUCCAGAGGGCCGCUCACGCUCUGAGACCGGGAAGAAGCUCGUGGUUCAGGACCCCGAGGACACAGGGCCCGCGGGGGGGGGGGGGGGGGGGGGGGGGGGGGGGGGGGGGGGGGGGGCGUCCGAGACGUUGGAAGUGCUGUUGGUACCGGUUUCUCUUGGUGUUGCCACAAUUUACUGUAUUUUUACUUUUCCUGUUACAGUUUUGCUAAUUUAUCAGAAGGUCCAAAAGUUCGACAUAACUAUUUCAGUUUGCAUUAUUUAUUUAUGAUGCUUUUGUCAUUGUCUUUUAUACAUUUGGGAUUAUAAAUUAUGUAAAUGUUAAAAUGAGCAUCUCAAAGAAGUCUGUUAAAUUGUGACCAGAAGGGAAGAAUCAGAUGUAUCUUCGAACGGUGGAGUUACAAAUUAGAGAUAAAAAUCAGAAAUUCUGUAACCGAUUGCAUAAGAAGACAGAAUCCAUUGAUUGAGCAAAUCCUAUUUAAUGACAUCUUCAUAGUGUAGAUGGUCUAUAAUGCUGACAACAGAUUUCUUAGAAAUGCUGCUCUCUAUUUAACUAACAUUUUGUUCAGUUUUGCCUCCAGUGGAAGCAGAAAGGGUUUUUUCAGCUGUUAAAUCCUAAAAUUCAAUAUAAUUUAUUUAUGUAAAAAAAAAUCACUCAAUCGAUAUAUUUUUGAACCUUUUAAGUACUAAUUUUCUUUUUAUCAAGUAGAAAAAAAAAUGUAUUUGCCCUAAAUCCUUAAAAUACAAAUGCUAUAAAAAUUCAUGUAUCUUGAAAGCCUUACUGCAAAUGAGUAUUACAGACGUCCAGCCCAGCCUGGGUUUUCCUUUGUUGUCCUUGUUGUUUUGUAGGGAAAAGCUCCUUUCCCCCGGUUCCACUUCGAACCUCCAGUAGGUCACAGGGUUCAAUACGGAUUCGAUUUAAAACCCCACCAGCAUGCUAACCCCUGUUAUAUCUUACCGAGCCUGUAUGUUUAACUCUCUGGGUGUUUAGGCUUAUAUCUGACUGCUAUUGUGUCCCUGUUUGCAAAAUGAAAAUGACACUCUGUGGAUUAUUUGCUCUGUAAGGCAUAAGUGCUUCUUAUGAUUAUUUUGACGUUUCCAAGAGCAAAAGCCAAAUUUAAACUCUCUUCAGCAAACUUGAGCCUUUUCAUCUAAAUUCCAUGUCACUCACAGCCAUAACUUUCCUUGGUCAUUCUUCACCCCGUGUCUUACAUAAUAAAUUGUCUGUGGUCUUGAUCCUGGAUUUUAAAAAAAAAAACACUUUUAAAAGUCAAA